GCUGGGGGGAGCCACUGCGGCGGCUCCUCCUCGCUGGAAGCCCCGGCGCUUUUGGCUGCCCUUUGAAGUCGGAGAGGGAGAAGGAGGGAGGGAGCGUCUGGGGCCGCCGCUGCUCCGCUCCGCGCCGCCGCCGCCGCUCCCGCCCGGCCCCGGAGCAUCGUCCUGCGCUGCCCCGCCGCCGCCAGGAUGAAGAUAUCCAAGUGGAGGUGGAGCAGCAUCUCCAUCAGUGCUCAGCUGCAGCUGAAAGUGACCCUGGCCCUUCUUCUUGUGGGCAACGUUGUCUUUGUUAUAGCUCAGCAGGACCUGGCACAGACGUCCAACAGCCUGGAGGAGGGCUCAGAUGUCACUGCUUACUGGUGGGGAGAGUGGACCAAGUGGACAGCGUGCACCAGGACCUGUGGGGGAGGUGUCAAAUCCCAGGAGAGGCACUGCCUGAGGCAGAGAAGGAAGUCAGCAAGUGGGCUGGCCAAUAAAACUUGCACUGGAACAUCCAAAAGAUACCAGCUCUGCAAAGUCCAAGAGUGCCCUGUGAACGGAAGGAGCUUUCGAGAGGAGCAGUGCUCAUCAUUUAACUCCCAUGUGUAUAAUGGCAGGACGCAUCAAUGGAAACCUUUAUAUCCUGAUGACUAUGUUCACAUUUCUAGCAAGCCCUGUGACCUUCAUUGCACCACUGUGGAUGGUCAGAGACAGUUAAUGGUUCAGGCCAGGGAUGGAACAUCCUGCAAAUACACGGAUUUCCGAGGGGUUUGCGUGUCUGGAAAAUGUGAGCCCAUUGGCUGCGAUGGCAUUCUCUUCUCCACCCACACCUUGGAUAAAUGUGGAGUUUGCCAAGGAGAUGGGAGCAGCUGCACCCACGUAACCGGCAGCUACCGGAAAGGAAAUUCUCAUCUUGGCUAUUCCCUGGUAACGCACAUUCCCGCCGGAGCGAGGGAUAUCCAGAUAGUGGAACGGAAAAAGUCUGCAGAUGUUCUGGCUGUGGCUGAUGAAGCUGGGUACUACUUCUUCAAUGGGAAUUAUAAAGUGGACAGCCCAAAGAACUUCAACAUUGCAGGCACGGUGUUCAAGUACCGCCGGCCCAUGGAUGUGUACGAGACCGGCAUCGAGUACAUCGUUGCCCAGGGACCCACAAAUCAAGGGCUGAACAUAAUGGUCUGGAAUCAGAAUGGCAAGAACCCAUCCAUCACGUUUGAAUACACUCUCCUGAGGAAGCCACACUCCAAAAGUCUGCAGCCCAUCUACUACACCUUCUCUGAGUCGGAGAGCGAGGAGAGCCGGGAGUUCGAUGGAGAGGUGCCACUGGGCUUCAUCCAGCACAAUGCAACCUAUUUUGGGAAAAUCUCCAGGGAAAGGAUAGACUUGGAGAACCAGGUGUUUGGAAGGCAGGACACGGAGGAAGAUUUAAACUUGAGCAAAGGUCAGGAAACCAAUGAGGUCUAUGAAAGAGCAGAAACAAUUGACUGUGAGCCAAAACUGAAGGGCAAACAACCCCAAGAUUCAAACGUAACCAGGUCUACUUACCAGACAGACCAUGACGAGGGAGACCCCGAGCCCAGGCCGGGCUCCAGGGAGUUCCUUCUGGAGAACGCCAUCACGGACAAGCUGCUGGGCAAGGCCUCGGACUCCAAGGAGCUGCUGCUCAACGUGACCACCAACAGCAUCUUCUCCCAGGGGGACCCGACCAACUCGGUGGGGUCACCCAUGGACAGCCUCUACGUGGACUACGAGGAUGGAGACAGCCUCUCCAGCUUCUCAGCCAACAGCACCUACAUGGAGCUGAGCAAAGGCACCAACACCUCUGCAGAGACGCCCUUCUCCAACGCCACCGCCACCAUGAGCAGCCCCCCGGGGAACAGAACCCACAAAGCAAGAAACAGAUUGAAGUUAAGAAAGGGCCAAGGUGUGAGUGCUGCUGACAUGUACAGGUGGAAGCUUUCCUCCCAUGAACCCUGCAGCUCUACAUGCACCACAGGAGUGAUGUCCACGUACGCCAUGUGUGUGCGCUAUGACGGCAUCGAGGUGGACGAUUCCUACUGCGAUGCCAUGACCCGCCCCGAGCCCAUCCACGAGUUCUGUGCUGGGAGGGAGUGCCAGCCAAGGUGGGAGACCAGCAGCUGGAGCGAGUGCUCGCGGACCUGCGGCGAGGGGUACCAGUUCCGCAUCGUGCGCUGCUGGAAGAUGAUCUCGCCGGGCUUCGACAGCUCCGUGUACAGCGACCUGUGCGAGUCCGCCGACAUCGCCCGGCCCGACGAGCGCAAGGUCUGCAAGAACCCUGCCUGCGGGCCCCAGUGGGAGAUGUCCGAGUGGUCAGAGUGCUCGGCGCGCUGCGGGGAGCGCAGCGUGGUCACCAGGGACAUCCGCUGCUCGGAGGAGGAGCGGCUCUGCGACGCCAGCGCCCGGCCCCUGGCCGAGAAGAACUGCACGGGCCCGCCGUGUGACCGGCAGUGGACAGUGUCCGACUGGGGACCGUGCAGCGGCGGCUGCGGGCAGGGCAGGAUGAUCCGGCACGUGUACUGCAAAACCAGCGACGGGCGCGUGGUGCCCGAGUCCCAGUGCAACCUGGACACCAAGCCCCUGGCCAUCCACCCCUGCGGGGACAAGAACUGCCCCUCGCACUGGCUGGCGCAGGACUGGGAGCGGUGCAACACCACGUGCGGCCGGGGCGUGAAGAAGAGGAUCGUGCUGUGCCUGGAGAUCGUCAACGGCAAGAUCAAGACCCGCGGCGCCGCCGACUGUGACGUGGCCAAGAAGCCCGUGGAGGAGAGCACGUGCUUCGAGAGGCCCUGCUUCAAGUGGUACACCACGCCCUGGUCCGAGUGCACAAAAACCUGCGGGAUCGGCGUGAGGAUGCGGGAUGUGAAGUGCUACCAAGGCAAGGACAUCGUGCGGGGCUGUGACCCGCUGGUGAAGCCGGUGGGCAAACAGACCUGUGACCUGCAGCCCUGCCCCACGGAGCCCCCAGAUGACAGCUGCCAGGACCAGGCAGGGACCAACUGUGCCUUGGCCAUCAAAGUGAACCUGUGCAGCCACUGGUACUACAGCAAAGCCUGCUGCCGCUCCUGCCGCGCGCCCCACUCCUAGAGCCAGCGCCCCAACCCCUGCCUGCCUCAGCCAGGGCUCCCCCUCCCACUUAUCCACACAUCCCACACACUGCUGACAAGGAUUUUGGCCUGGCUUUUGUGUCCCCACCGAGGCAGAACUCCCCUGCUGGCCCCGAGCAGAGGGACGGCGCCGCGGGACGUUGGGAGCCCCCCGGGAUCAGAGCUGUACAUAAAGUCCUGUAUAUUUGAUUCCUUCCCCCAAAAAACCCCUCCAGCUCCACCCUUUGGUUUCCUCCCUCGGUGCAAGGCUGGGGUUGGCCAGGGGAAGGUGUGAACUCUGGGAAGUGCAAGUUUCCCCUCACAAAAUAGGGUUGGUGCCUCUCUCCUGAUUCAUCCCGAGACCUGCACGCUCUCGUUAGCUGAAUUAACGUGGUGGGAAGCUGAUCCUCGUUUGUUAAAUGAACUCAAGCCCUUUUUUUUUUUUUUUUUUUUGUAAUAUGUAGGUGUAUACUUUUUCAGAGAAUUUUAUCUUAUAAUCAAAUGUUAGUUUCAUAGUCCUUACAACCCCGCCCCGAUGCUGACAUAUUGUACAUAAUAUGGAAACAUAACUGCACUUUAUAUCACAAAAAAGACGUGCUCUUUUUUAAUAUAUUUGUUUACAGACAGUGAACUUUAUCCAUAUAAUCAUUAAUUUGUACUCAUAUGUAUAUUUUAAUAAAGUUGUCAUAUUUAUGGUGGUA